AUGAAAACAUUUAAUUAACAAAAACAGCUAUACAAUUUCCAAGGUCGUAGAAGUUAAAUAAAAGGGAGGAGUAGUUUAAAUUAAAGUCAGUUAUCAAAUUUGAGUAUGCAAGAGCAGUAUGAAUAAUAUCAAAAAAAAUAGAUGCAAAUGAAAAUCAAAGAUUCUCUCAAUAAUUUAAAAUCUAUAAUAUCUUAAAAUGUGGCAUUUAGGAAAGGUGAUAUAUCAGGUAAGCCCUCCGCUUUAUCAAACACAAAAUUCUUUUCGAAUCUUGCUGGGAUAAAAAACCAUUACUAAGAAAAAAUUGAAAAUAAGGACUUAUUAUCUGCAGACACCAAUAAUAAAUUACAACCUAAAGGAUUUUAAAUCAAUAAAUCUCUAAGAAAUCUUAGCAUUAUAACAUAAAAAUAGGAAAUAUCUAACUAAAAUAAAGGUCUGCAAUUCAUAAAAAAUGGAAUGAAAGAUGAAUUUAGUGCACAUAAGCCAUUAUAUCAGAGAUAUUUUUCAGAAAAUGCAAACAAUUUCAUAAAAACAAUAUAGGAUCCAUUUGAUCCAAAGCUAAGGAGUAAAAUUUUAAAAAGCGAUAAUGAAUACAGUAAAUUUGUUUAAUCUUACUUUAAUAAGCCUAAGCUGUACAGAUAAAAGCAAAACUAGCUUAAAAAGAAUGGAUCUUUAUCAACCAAUACCUCAACUUAAAACUUAUUUACGUUUGAAGGAAGGGACUUCCUAACUUUAAACAAAUAGUAGAGUGAUAUAGAAAAAAAUUAUAUAAGUUAAAUUAGCGACUUGGAUAAUUUUUAAGAAAACCAUAUGAUCGAUACCCUUAAUAAGUUUCAGUAUGGAUAAAUGGCUUAUAUUUAAAAAAAGAAAGUUGAUGUUGAGAAAACAAGAAUGGCUAGAGUUAUAUAGAUAGAGAAUGAAAAAAGAAAAAAUUUAGCAACUCCAUUUUCAAGAACACACACUUCUGGUGGUUUUAGAUGCACAACAGCUAAUACUGUAAGCAAUUAGGCAGAAAGAAUUAAUUUAAACGAUUAAUUAAGUGUUUAAUAAUCAAAUCAUUAAUCUUAACAAUAAGGUGUGUAAGCCUAAACUAAUUCUCAUUAUGUAAGCAAUUCUUACUCAAGUUCCUAAAAGUUAUAAAAAAGAUUAGAAAAUUAAACUAAAAAAGGUUACCAUGUAAUUAAACGUAAUUAAAGUGAGCAUGCCUUGGCAUACCAUCAAGAAGAUUUAAUAAGGGACGAAAGUGAUGAUAGUUCUAAUGCAUCUAGAACAGAAGCAACAUUAGAUGUAUUAUAUAGUGAAUCAAUAUAUAUUUAAAAUAGAUUAGUUUCAGAUAAUUAAGAUGGCUUAAUAAAAAAAUUAAAAUAACUAAUUAGAUUAGAAAACCUGAAAAAAAACGUACUUGAAGCUAACUUGUAUAAAUUAGAGCAUAGAUGA